GACGCCCGCCUGGAAGGCGGCGCUCACCGCGUCAUGCUCGUCCAGCAGCUGCUGCAGCGCGCGGAUGUACUCGACGGCGGAGCGCAGCGUCUCCACCUUGCUCAUCUUCUUGUUGGCUGCGCCGUUGGGGACGUGCUCCCGAAGGGUGGCGAAGCCCAGGUUGACCAGCUUGACGCGGUUGCGCUCGCGCUCGUUGCGGCGCGCCACGGCGGCCGGCUGCUGCUGCGGCAGGCUGUAGCCGAAGCCGCUGAAGUUGAGCCGGCGUUUGCAGCGCAUCAGUUCGGGCGAGGACGAGCGCUGUCGCUUGACUUGCUUGGGCGCUGACUUGUGACCGCCCCCUGAGGGCUGGCCGUCGGCCGCGGGGCUCAGCUGAGGUGCCUGCGGCUGCGGCGGCGGCUGCUGCUGCGCGCUUUGCGCCGCCGCUGCCGCCGCAGCCGCCGCCGCGGCCGUGGCAAAGAAGCAGGCUGCGGGCGGCAGGAAGGGCUGCGGGCCUGCGCCGCCGCUCUCCAUCUUGGCAGAGCUCUCCAUGCGCAGCGGCCGGCGAGGAGUCGCGGGAUCGGAGCUAUCCGGGGACGCGAGAACCUCCAGGAACCCAGGCUUUCUCUUCCUCCCACUCAACACAAAGAGUGCUCCCAGCCGGACGCUGUCCUCUCCACCUUCUCCAACCCUAAGUGGAUCCUGAAUAAAAGGCAAAGGGAGUACGAAGAUGAACGCAGGCCUCAGAGCCUUGAUUUGAACAGGAGAUUUUUGCUGCAGCCUUCAAUGUUGGUUAAAAACCUCAGCACCACGUGCUGUUUGCACUGUUUGCAAACCCGCCUGCGACUGAAGCCCCAGAGCUCCGGAGACCGCACGCGCUGGGAGCUAGCAUGUCAGCCGUGGUCCUGCAGAACGGAGACUCGGUCAGGAAACUCAGCGACUUUGGACAGGAAACAAGCUACAUUGAAGACAACUCCAAUCAAAACAGUGCCAUAUCACUGAUCUUCUCACUCAAAGAAGAAGUUGGUGCGCUGGCCAAAGUCUUACGUUUAUUUGAGGAGAAUGAUAUAAACCUGACCCACAUUGAAUCAAGACCUUCACGUUUAAAGAAAGAUGAGUAUGAAUUUUUCACCUAUCUGGAUAAACGCAGCAUGCCCGCUCUGGCAAACAUCAUCAGAAUCUUGAGGCAUGAAAUUGGGGCCACUGUGCACGAGCUUUCCCGGGAUAAGAAGAAAGACACAGUGCCCUGGUUCCCAAGAACCAUUCAAGAGCUCGACAGAUUUGCCAAUCAGAUUCUCAGCUAUGGAGCGGAACUGGAUGCAGACCACCCCGGCUUUAAAGAUCCUGUGUACCGAGCAAGACGGAAGGAAUUUGCUGACAUUGCCUACAACUAUCGACAUGGGCAGCCCAUCCCUCGAGUGGAAUACACGGAGGAAGAAAAGAAAACAUGGGGGAUAGUGUUCAGGACCCUGAAGUCCUUGUACAAAACCCAUGCUUGCUACGAGCACAACCACAUUUUCCCACUUCUGGAAAAGUACUGUGGCUUCCGUGAAGAUAACAUCCCCCAGCUCGAAGAGGUUUCUCAGUUUCUGCAGACUUGUACUGGCUUCCGCCUCCGACCUGUGGCUGGCCUGCUUUCCUCUCGGGAUUUCUUGGGUGGCCUGGCCUUUCGAGUCUUCCACUGCACUCAGUACAUCAGACAUGGGUCCAAGCCCAUGUACACGCCUGAACCUGACAUCUGCCAUGAGCUGUUGGGACAUGUACCCUUGUUUUCAGAUCGCAGCUUUGCCCAGUUUUCGCAGGAAAUCGGCCUCGCCUCGCUGGGUGCCCCCGACGAGUACAUUGAGAAACUCGCAACAAUUUACUGGUUUACUGUGGAGUUUGGGCUCUGCAAGGAAGGAGACUCCAUAAAGGCAUAUGGUGCUGGGCUCCUGUCGUCCUUUGGUGAAUUACAGUAUUGCUUGUCAGGCAAGCCGAAGCUCCUUCCUCUGGAACUGGAGAAGACCGCUCUCCAGCAGUACACAAUCACAGAGUUCCAGCCCCUGUAUUACGUGGCUGAGAGUUUUAAUGAUGCCAAGGAGAAAGUGAGGAACUUUGCUGCUAUAAUCCCACGGCCCUUCUCAGUUCGUUAUGACCCAUACGCCCAGAGGAUUGAGGUCUUGGACAAUACCCAGCAACUUACGAUUUUGGCUGACUCCAUCAAUAGUGAAGUUGGAAUCCUUUGCAGUGCCCUCCAGAAAUUAAAGUGAAGCCAUGCACUGAACCUGAUCUGUCAACUUGAGAAUCUGUUGAUGGAAAUCCAACUACUUCUUUCAUUUCAUCUGAAAAAGUCUGAAAAGCAAACCUUAAUUCAAGAUAACAGCCUUGAAUCCUUUCUAGAACAAGAUGGAGGAUCAACAAAUAAAUCAAAAUAAUCUGAAAGGACAGCAUGUUAAUACAUACCCCAAAGCAUAAUGGUAGAUCUUUUGGGGUCAUCUUUGAUUUCGAGAUGAUAAUCCCAUACUCUCAGUUGAGUUAAAAAUCAAUAACCUGUCACAUUUCAUCAGAGUUAAUGAAAAUUCGGGACCUGCUUCAUUCAACCUUCCUAAAUACUUUUGUUAUUUGCUCUAGAGAAUUCCUAAAGGAGUAUAUAUCACUCGUUGUGAAACACAAGUCUGUCAGAAUUGAAUUAAUACCUUUAUUGGAGUAUAAUUGCUUUUCAAUGUUGUGUUAGUUGCUGCUGUAUAACAAAGUGAAUCAGCUAUACGUAUACUUAUAUCCCCAUAUACCCUCCCUCUUGUGCCUCCCUCCCACCCUCCCUAUCCCACCCCUCUAGGUGGUCACAAAGCACCGAGCUGAUCUCCCUGUGCUAUGCAGCUCCUUCCCACUAGCUAUCUGUUUUACAUUUGGUAGUGUAUAUACGUCCAUGCCACUCUCUCACUUUGUCCCAGCUUACCCUUCCCCCUCCCCAUAUCCUCAAGUCCAUUCUCUAUGUCUGCGUCUUUACUCCUGUUGCAAAGGUCAUUUUCUAUUUCAGGGAACUAUGAUUCUAAUUACUGCUUUGUUAUUUUGCCUGUGGAGAUUUUCUUUAAUUCAGGAGCCUAUUAAAAUAGUUAUAAAUAUUAAAGUUCAAAGUGUAAAAUCAAAAUAUUUCUGUAUGCUUUAUUGUAAUCAUAAAUGCUGCCGUGGAGAGUAGCAGAACUCCCCAUCUAACUCCUGCAACGUGCAGUGUCAUUCUCCAGUUGAUUGUCAAGUCUGCUUUUGGAGACAUUUUGAAGACCCUUAAGAUGCGAUAGAUGUUAAUUAAAAG